GCACGCUCCCAACACGACACUAGGGCCAUGGUCUCAGCUCUAGCUCGGGUUCUUGGAAGCCCGCUUCAUGAAAGCCCCUUAGCCCCUGAUUCCCAAUCUCAAGCUAUGGAAGCCAACCAGUUUGAGCACAGUCCAGAUCAAGGGAAUUACCAGGAGAGAAGACAGUAUAGAGGGGUUAGGCGGCGACCAUGGGGCAAAUUCGCAGCCGAGAUUCGAGAUCCGAACAAGGCAGCCCGAGUCUGGCUUGGCACUUUCAAGACGGCCGAGGACGCAGCACUGGCUUAUGACGAGGCUGCUCUCAGAUUCAAAGGGAACAAAGCCAAGCUCAAUUUUCCGGAAAGGGUUCAAUGGAGGACCGAGCUCGGAUGCCUCGUCACUACAGCUCGGCAAGACUUGCGAAUCAAUCCUCAGCAACAUCUCUAUUCGGUUGCUCCGAAUGAUCACCCACUGCCAUCUCAUCAAGAAGCUUAUCUCCACACUCAACAAGUUCUUCCUGAUGAGGCUAGUGCUGUGAACUAUGGCUUUUCGGUUCCAUCUUUGGCAUCCCAACAUGAAGCACAAGGAGGAGAGCUCACAAGGCCUUCUUCUGAUCAGUUUGGAAGUAGUAGUUCUACUUGUGAUCCUCGUACUUAUCGGAUCAAUUAAUGAUGCAAAUCAAACGUACUCUCAACAGGUGAUAUCGCAAAUUAAGUUUGAUCCACAUGAUCAUGAAGGUGGUGACACAGCAUGUGGGUGCAGUAUCUCGAGUAAGUUGUGAUUUUUCAGUGCAAGCUUAAGCACUCUCUUAAUUAUCAAUGCCUUGUGUAUUUCAAUAAGAAUUGGUUAAAAGAAAUUACAUUUUCACUAAAAUAAGGAAUAUUAAUGUUUGGAAUGUUGCAACUCAA